UCAAUGUGUAAGGAACAUUGGUAAUAUUAAUGUUGCUGUUAGUAUUAAUAUUAUUGUUAACAAAGUUAGUACUACCGGAGUUAAACGUGUAUGUGUUGUUUUAUUGGCAAUCUUCAGUUUAUCUAGUGCUGCUCUACCUUUGUGAAUAGAUCAACUUAUACGGAUAUUAAUAUAAUCUGUUAUAUUUAUCGGAAGAAUAUGUUAAUUGAAAAUCCUGACGCAUUGAAAGGAUGGUUAACAGCGCAUUUGGAACCCCUUUGUGAGGCUGACCCACGUGCUCUUUCAAAAUAUGUGAUGGCACUUAUUAAAAAAGAUAAACCAGAGAAAGAGCUGAAAGACAAUUGUUUGGAUCAAUUGGAAGUGUUUCUUCAAAAAGAAACAAAGUCUUUUGUGGACCUGUUGUUCGGCACUCUCAGUAACAAGUCCUAUUUAAAACAUCAACAGCUAGUUGGAGUCCCUGUUGUUCGGCCUGUUACAGUUCAACCAGUCACGACAGUUGCUACUAGUACAAGCACUACUAUUGUACAAACAACAGUUGCUAUUAGUGCCAGUACUACUGUUGUGCAAACAACAACAUUAAAUGGUACUACUUCUAACACCAAAUCAAUUAUGACCAUUCCUACUCCACAGCCUACUCCUGCUGUAACACCUGCCAUCCCACCAAAACCUGAUCUGAAAAAGCCCAAAUCAGAAGGAGCCUCAGAUAAUGAAAACAGAGACACAAGGAGAUCAGGUGCUAAAGCUCGAAGCAGAAGUUGCUCUCGAAGUCGAAGCCCAAGUGGAAGGGGUAACAAAAGAGAGCCAGAUGACAGAAGAAGUCGAAGAUAUGUGAAUGAUGAUCGAUGGAGAAGGCCAUACCCUAGUCAUAGAUAUGAUAAUAGAUAUAAGGAUUUCAAAAUUCACCGAGUGUCUUCUUCUAUUGAUCGUGAUAGAGAGAGAGAGAAAGAAAGAGACAGAGAUUCUCGAUUUACAAGAGACAAAGAGUUUGGUAACAAAGAUCGUUCAGCUGGAGAGAAAAGUAAAAGUCGGAGUCGUAGCAGAAGCUGGAGUCAUUCUCGAUCAAGAACACGAUCUUGGUCCCCACCUUCGUUGGGGUCCAGAUCACGAAGUCGAUCUCGAUCAUUCUCCAGAGAUAGAUCCAGAGCACAUAUAAAAAAAAAUUCAAGUGGCCAAGGAGAAACUCUACAGCAUCCAGCUGAUCAUGGGGAUACAGAUUAUCGUGUACCUCCUCACAGCACAGGUCCAAGUUUAGCAAUAACUACUGCUGAUCCAGUAUCUUCCACUGCUCCAGGUGUACCCCCUGUUACUACUGGUCCAUAUCCUAACAGAGGAACAAAACGUUGCAGAGACUUUGAUGAAAAGGGAUACUGCAUGCAAGGCGACAUGUGUCCAUUUGACCACGGAACUGACCCUGUUGUUGUUGAAGAUGUCUCCUUGCUUGGCUUUGGGCCAACUUCUAGCAGUGCACCUCAUGUAAAUGUGCAAGCUCCUCCACCACCAGGCAUUCGUCCAACUCUGCUGCCCCUUCAUGGGCAGCCACCUCUCACACGUCCUCCAUUUCCACCUGGAGUUUCCGCUCAUCCUCCCCCACCACCUGAGUCAUAUGCUCCAGAGCCAUACAAUCCUGAAGCACCAGGCAUUAAAAGACCAUUCCGAAUGCAUCAACCCUUUUGGGGCCCAAAAGAUACAGGAAUGCCUCCAGUAAGGUUAUCUAUUCCUCAUGGACCUCCUCCAAUGUUCCUUCCUCCACCACAAAGAACAAGAGAGUUAAUUGGUGUUCCUACAAUUGACAAUCCUAUAGUGUCAACAACCUCCUUGAGAAGUCAACCAGUUUUUGAACCUAAAAUACCUCCAAGCAUUGUUGUUACAGCAUCCCAUAAUAGCAUUGGUACUGGUCUAGUCUCUUCUGUAUCUGUACAACCGAGUGUUAUGACCAAUGUCAAGCGAAGGCCAUUUGAUUAUAACCGUUUAGACUCAAAGAAACCUUUUAUACCAAACCAAGGAAGAUGUACACUGGAAGUGAGAAAGGUUCCUCGACAUUUGAAUACCAUCACACAGUUAAAUGAACAUUUUUCCAAAUUUGGCAACAUUGUGAACCUUCAGGUGUGUUACAGUGGUGACCCUGAAGCUGCUUUGGUCCAGUAUUCUAGUCACAUGGAAGCCAAUUCUGCAUACAGGAACACUGAGGCAGUUCUGAACAACAGGUUUAUUAAAGUAUUCUGGCAUAAUAAAGAGAGUAAUCAGAGUAACCAGGAUAAAAGACAUUUACCGUCAGAGAAAUCAAAUGUUAAGGACAAACUCGGGAAUUCUGGUAACACCAAAAUUAACAACAUGACUGUAAAUAAUAAACCGCCAGGAAAUGCGACAGCAGAAGAUGGCGCAGAAAGAUGUGUUGUUUUUUCAUCAUCUGGAAAUCUGUCACGAACUGUGUUUAAUCCUGCUGCCUUAAAAAAAAACAAUACACUUGUAGCAGCUUCUCAGAGUUCAGCUAUGAAGAAAACCAAAGAAGAACAGAAGAAGGAGUCUUUUAUCAAGAAAAUGGAAGUGCAGAAGAAACGAGAAGAGCUGUUGAAUAGUUAUUUCCAACAACAGAAGAUACUUUUAGAAAAAUGGGAGAAAACCAAAAGUGAGAAAGAAAAAGAAGAAGUUAAACAGACUUUGGGAUCUUUAAAUAAAAUGAUUCAGAGCCUUCAAAAUGACAUGAGAAAGGACUCGGAAGAGAUACAAGAACUUCAGAAAACAAGCAUCACAAAAUCUAAACCUGAGGCAAGUGGACCAGACAGCCUUCUCUCUGUUCUCAACCACUUCCGUGCAGAAAAGCAACUGCUUGAUGCUGAAAUGGACCUUUACAACAAACAGCACAAAGGUGAUGACAUUACAGAAUUAAAGAAAAAGGUCACUGAACUGAGACAAAAGGCUAAAGCUAUGGGUCUCUUGGACAAGAUUCCUCAUGGACGUAGAGGACGUGGUGCCAUGCCAAGAGGAAGAGGUUUUCAUGGGCGAAAUUCUCGGAAUUGUACAUCAAUAGAUCAUAGGCCCAAGAAAAUUCUUGUAUCUGGUACUGAAGAAGUAAAAAAAAUGGAGAUGCAUGUUCAUUUUGUUCAAUUUGGUGAAAUUGAGAAUGUGAAAGAUACCUCAAGUGGUGUGGUAGUAGCUUUCAAAAGGAGAAGAGAUGCAGAAAAGGCUGUUGCACUGGGAUCAAAAUACAACGGUCAGAUACUCACUUUGGUAUGGUACAGAGACCCUACAGUGAAGACAGACACUCAGUUACAAGUUGAAGAUGUAGCAGGAGAAGAAACCCUUGAUGGAGAGGAAGACAUUUUGUUGAGAGAUGAUGAAGAAGAUGAAGACAGUGAGGCACGAUCGUGGCGUCGAUGACUUAGAAUCUCCGAAUGGCACAACACAGUUUUGAAUUAUUGACAGAUUUUGUACAUAGUUUAUCAAAAUUGACUGUCUUUGUAACACUGUUGCUUUUACAAAAUUUUACCCAAACUGAAAUUUUUAUUUAGAGUUUAUAUUUAAUGUAAUUGACUUUUUCUUUAAACUCUUUCUGUACAGUCAGAUCUUUGCAAAUAACAAACAAAAACUAUUGAUAUGUGAUGUAGCAAAAAUAAAAAUUAUUUGAGCCUGGAAACAACAUUUUGAAGGGAAAAGAAAGUUAACUGAUAGUUUUAUAAAGUAAAUAUUGUUACUGAUGUACCAGAAUGUAAUGAAAGCUGUGAAAAAAGGAGUACGCUUUAUGUGUUACUUGACUGGAAAAUUAGCAUUUUAAAGUGUUUUGUGAAAAAUGAAAGAAAAAAAUACAAAGAUUUCAUUUGUUAUUAUCAAUCCGACAUUCAAUCCUAAAAUUUCUUACUAAAGUCUGUUUAUCCGUGGUUUAUUUUCCUGUGAAAAUGGCUUAAUCCUCGUUAUUACAUUAAUCAUAAAACAGUUGAACUUAGAAUUUAAAAAAAUUAUAAAACACUGAUUUGCUGUACCUUUAAAUGUUUGUCAUUCUAUGAUAAUGACAUUAUUUUUGUUAUUUUUCUUGCUUUUACAGUGAUUUCCUUUUUUUGUUUGUGGUUGUGAAUAUCUGUUGUAAAAUAAUUUUAACAAUGGAUUUGUAUGUUGCAAAAACAUAGAAAGAAUCCUGAAAAUAUUAUCACAAAAAAAGAAUGAUUGAUAAAGAAAAAAGAUAUAAAAAAUAUAUAAUUAAAUGAAAAAAAAAGUAACCAAAGUAAAAGAAUAUGGUAGUGGUGUUACUACAAUGAUAUUUUCCAAAUAAAAAGAAUCUCUCUAAAGUAUAUGAGGGACAAAAACAUAUAUUAAAGAGAUUGUCAAUAAUGCAACACUUGGUUCAGAUAAUUGUGGUAAUUAAUGUUUGUAUGCUGAAUGUAUACUUAAGUGCCUAAAAUUGUUAAUAGAUACAUACAUGUAUAUAAAUGUGUAUACAUACAUGUGUGUUUUUUUUGUUACUACUGGUAAGAAAAUGUAAUUUCCAGUUGUGAGCUCAGUUUU